CAACAAUUGACAUUAAGGUUUUGGACUCAAUCUUGAUCCUUAUUUUGGUCAUGGGUCAUUUGAAUUAUUUCUAUAAACUGAAAUUUCUCGUCUACUGGCAGCCGCUUCGGCGGAUGGAGUAUAAAGUAACUAGUAAACAAAGUUUUGUUUCCGUAGCAAACACUUCGUAAACUCGUUACCUAAUUUGGCACUGAAAACAGAAUUUAUCUUGCCUCGGAGGCCCUUUCGAAGAUGAACAAUUGUCGUUUAUGUUUGAAAGACUUUCUGCUAUUGCAGAAAAGUUUUAAUAUUCACACGCUGAAGGAAAAGCUGCAGCUGGUGUUUUCAUUUGAGAUUAGUACAGAUAAAGAGUUUCCUGAGGUCAUAUGUCCAGCAUGCGUUGGAAUUAUUUCUCAAUUUUACAAAUACGCCUAUCAGGUGCAGCAAAACCAGCUGAAGUUAUACUAUGCCUUUCAGGAAAAGCUAACGACGUUGCCAGUCGCUCCAGCGCCAGAACAGGUGUUUACCAUGGUACCAUCUAUAGCAAUCGAACCCGCGGAAGAAACAUCAGCCCAUCAAAAAACAAACGUUAGUAGUGCGCCACAAAAUGAAACUAACCCGUUAGAAAUAGCUCCAAAAGCUAAAACUUCGACUGCCAAGUUUGAGAAAAAUUUGAUUAAUCGUUACUUGAAUAUGGUUUGUGAUAUAUGUAAGGAAGAUUUGUUCACUUACCAGAAGCUUGAAGUUCACUUUAAAAAAUAUCACGCUAAGCGCUGUUAUAUAUCAUGCUGUGGGCAGAAAUUAACCACUGAUGCGAUGCUGUCCGAGCAUUUGAAAAAGCAUAUGAGUGGAACGAAAAGGAAGGAUACUUCAGCAUCUUGGGAAAAGAGAGUGAUGUAUGCUUUUGGGUCUAUUUUAACAGACUUCAAGCGUGAUCUAGAAGGAUAUGAACCUUUACCAAACAUGGAUCUGGCGUUGAAGGGAGAUACCUACGAGCAACAGAAAAUGUACGAUGUUCAGGACUACCUAGUGCAAAAUUAUUUUUGCUUAGAUUGCGAGCUGUGUGGUACCAAGCUCGAUAAUCAAGAUGAUCGUCGAUUCCAUUUUCGUCAGAAUCAUCCAAAAGAGAAAUAUUAUGUCUCUUGCUGCAAACAGCGAUUCUCUACGCGAAUUAGCAUUAUGCGUCACAUGAAUCGACACUGGAAACACGUUACGAGUAAAAAUAAUGCUGGAAAGCCAUUAGCUAACAAUAGGCUAGAGCCAGCAGAAGUAGUCGAGCCUGUAGUUCAUUUACUUAAUGUAAAGUGGCAACGAGAAUUGAAUCCCACCUACGAUCCGUUGAUAAACGAAUUCCGAGAUGAGCUGAUAGCUGGAGGUUUCAAUCCUCCGCCCAAAGCACCGGAAUACAAAACCGAGGAAGAUCAAAAACUACUACAUCAAAUGCAGGAUUUUUUGAUUGCCAAGCAUAGUCCCUUGAACUGUGAGUUAUGCGGAGCAGAGAUAGCAACCUACUUGGGACGGCGGGAACACUUCCGCGUGGGUCAUCCCAAGCAGAAAUUUUUCAUCUUAUGCUGCGGCAGAAAGCUGGUUCAACGGUAUAAAAUUGUGAUACAUUUAAUGCGUCACCGGAAAGGAUUACCAAUCAAUUCAGCGUACAGCAUACGCAACAUCCCAGCGGACAUGUAUGAGAAACAUGAACAUGAUGAUGCCAUUAUAGAAGCCUACUACAAAAUGGACUGCGAAAUUUGCGACUACACUGGUAAUUCGUAUCUAGGCUUGAGAGCUCACUUCCAGAAGGAUCAUCGUGAAGAGGGCUUCUUCAUCACAUGCUGCAAUAGACGCUUCAAAACAAAAUUUCACAUUCUAGAGCAUAUUGCAGGCCAUCAAAAACCGGGAGCCGUGAAAUGCGAGCAUUGUGAAGCAACUUUUUCAACCGAAAGGAUGCGCAAAGCUCAUAUGAGUCGAAAACACGUCAGUGAAGAGGAAAAGUUGUACCGAUGUGAUCACUGUGUUGAGUCGUUUGCAACCAGAAAUCUUCUAGUGCUACAUUCUUAUAAGCAUGAAAUGGUGACAUGCGACAUAUGCGGGGUAGAAAUGAAACGCUGCUCGCUGCGAGUGCACAAGAUCAACAUCCACAAACUGGGGGAAGAAAUCGUUUGCCAUGUGUGUGCCAAGGUGUUCCAUUCGAAGCACAUGUUUAACAAACACUACCGUGCAGCCCAUCUGGGAAUCCGCAAAAAGUACAAGCGAAAGUCACGCGCCAAGAAAAAGUCAACCAUUGAAGAGGGACCAACGGAAACGGCAGCCACGACUCCGGCGAUUGGUUGUUACGAUUCAACUCAACUAGCUGUCUUGUAAGAUUCUACUACCGUCCUGAAACUGUAGUUGACAUCACCCAACAUAUAGAAAUAUUUCUUAAGAUAUACAUACUCCUAACACAAUUAUGUCUGUUAAUUCGAUAAUAUCAGCAGCCAGGGUUGUACUUAUGAUUAUCACAGGAUUUCGUAAAAUUUUAGAAACGUUCAUCCCAUCUAGUACGCAAGGUCAGCUACAAACUUAUGCUUUAUUGGUUUCGGCAAUGUUACCCAAGUAACAUUAGCAUGCACAGGGAUUUAUAUGUAUCAUCGUAAUCUGUUUGCAGAGGUCAAAUUUAAAAUGCAUCCAUUCUAACAAUCUUCUCUGCGAUUGUACAAAUCCCAUGCUAUAACAUCGAUGAAUGAUGUUCAACGAUCGGGACCUUCAAGUCAAGCAACUAAUCUCUAGAAGAUGUUUGUUUUUGAAAGUUCGAAGUACUUACUCUUUCACCAAGUUAAAACUACGAUUAAUAUUUGUGCUUCUUAUGCUUUUCCGACCGCGAACUGGUGGCGUAACGAUACGCUUCCCUGCUCGAUCUUGUCGGUGAAGGAGACCUGAAAAAUAACCUGCAUC